AAGCCAUCACAUGACACGCGCGAAGCACGUGCUAUUACUGCUCCCUAGUCGUCGAUCUCAAUCUCUCUCCUCCAAUCUACGAGGAGAGUGGCCGCCCUGUAGCUCCCGGUUAGUCUUUGUUUGGCAGUCGCGUGCUCCAGCUUACCUUCUCUUUGCUCCUACCCGUGUUUUACGAGGAUGAGCUUGGUAUACAAGGGAAGAAGCUUAGUCAAUUAGGACAUCUUCUUAUAUCAAGAGGGUUUUGAGCUGCUACUUCCUCCUCCUCUCGUCCCCAUAAGGAUUUCGGAUUGCCGCCCAUUCCUGUAGAAGAUCAUUCAACGCUCACAGCAACUCUGACGACAAGUAAGAUCAAUGGCUAAUGCGAUGGAUUCAGGUUGAAAAGUUGAAACCUUGCAAUGUCAGCCUUCAGAGCAUUUUUGAAUAGCCCUGUGGGUCCAAAAACAACUCAUUUUUGGGGCCCAAUUUCCAAUUUGGGUUUUGUUACUGCUGCUUUGGUAGACACUCAGAAGCCUCCCGAGAUGAUAUCGGGGAACAUGACUGCAGUUAUGUGUGUCUAUUCAGGAUUAUUCAUGAGGUUUGCGUGGAUGGUACAACCCCGUAACUACUUGCUUCUUGCUUGUCAUGUGUCGAAUGAAUCUGUUCAGCUCUAUCAGUUAUCUCGCUGGGCAAGAGCCCAACGAUUCUUGGAGAAGAAAGAACCUGAAGAGCAGAAAUGAGCUUCUUAGCAAGUUUACUUGUGAUUUUCAAUAAGAAAGAAAGGGAUUGUGUAAUUUAGUUUAGAAAAACAUGAAAAUUGUAGCACUAAAUGUCUGAUAUGAUCAUUCAUUUGGAUCAAAUAUUGUGAGCAUGAUCGUUUGGCUAUUUCAAGAUGAAAGCUAUGUUUUUUCCUUAACUGUAAAUUCUUCAA